AUGCUUGCUGCGGGCUUCGUGGUUUUAAUUUUGCUGGUCGGGGAACUGACGUUGACACUAAAGCAGCUACUAAGCAAAGCUCGCCAAACGCAGCCUCUUGCCGCAGAGCACGUGGUCAAGAUAGUACAGGCUGGUGUGGAGAGUCUUCGAUGCCGGGAGGAUCGCCCACACGGCGCACGAACUCCUGUCUGGCAUCGCGGGCUUGAGCACUCAAUCAUGCACGGCUUCCUGAAACUGGCUGCUGAAGCGGACGGGGAUGGUGAGGUUGUAGACACAUUCCUCAAGACGAGCGAGUUAUGCCAGACGCAUGUCAAGCCGCUCACCGCUGCUGCACGUUGCUCCGCCUGGGAGGCGCUGCAUGCAGGAUGGGAUUCUUUGCCGUCGGACGCUCAUCGACACCAUCGCUCUCAGCACCUGAACACACCGACAGUCAUGGUAAGCCACUGUUGGGCGAGCCCUUUUCAGGAUGUCGUGAAGAUCAUGAGGCGCUACGACGAAAACACGAACAAGAGCAACUUCUUUUUCUUCGAUGUCUUCAGUAUGAACCAGCACGACCUGUCCGAUCUUUCGGGACCUGAUCGCAAGGACCAGCCUUGUCAAGAUAUGUAUGACGUGAUGCUAGAGGCUUUAACGAACUCGAUUCGCACGCCUCGUCGCGUGUUGCUGGCCCUGACACCUCACACCGAACCGCAGCUGCUUUCAAGAUCUUGGUGCUUGUACGAAAUAUACAUGGCACAGAAGCUGAAGGCGGAGGGCGAUGAGUUGAUCGAGCAUAUGUUAUCCAAAGUGGAUGCUGAGAAAUCGCAGGCCACUGUGGAGUCCGACCGCCUCAUGAUACUGGAGCUCAUCCAGUCUCAGAAGGAUGGCGUGAGCAAGUUCAACCAGUUCGUGCGGGAAAAGUUUGCGGCUUCACUUCGGCUAGUGGCAUUGACAACAGUGCCAAGCGACGUCGUGGACGAAGUUGUUGUUUUGCCAGAUCGAACGAUUGUGACAAGAAGAUUUUCUCACGAUGUCUUCUUCGCCAUCGGCACGCUGAGUUUCGGAACCGAGUUCAGAAGCGACGCAGACUGCAUGCUCGUCAUUGUGCCACGGAUGCCAGUGCAACAGGAGACUGCGAGCGACGACGUGGGGGCAUAUGACCAAAGAGAUUCCUGCACCUCCUGCCAGAUUGGUGCUGCUGUGGUUGUAGCAGAGGUGCUGCCGCAGGCACUCGGCUUCAGCCAUGGGGUGGACUUUUCCAAAAAGGUGCGUGAUGACUGGUCACGCGUGUGCUCUCCUGUGCUAAGCACGGGGCUGAUUCAGUUUUUUUCGGUGUGCUUCUGUGCCAUGGUUGCUUUGAUUGUUGUCCUUUGGGCACUGUAUGCAGCGUGCUUAUCCCAAAUAAGCCGGCCGAUGUUCCGCGUCUGGAGCUUCACACUUGCCGCGCUUGGUUUCGUGCUGAGCACACCACAAGCUUUUGUCCGAAUCAACGACCCGUCGCUCCUUCCCACAGAGGAUGCUGUCCUUCUCACGUCUUUCGUACUUGGAGACGUGAUGAACCACAUAGCCCUGCUGAUGAUCAUUUACUGGGACAUUUGCAGAGAGUCUGUUAUGUUGAUUUUCGCAUUGGAUCCAGCAAAGCAAACGAAGAGCUUGAGGUUGUCGUUCGGUGUCGGCUCAGGGUUCAUGCUCAGCCAGGUCGCGAUCCUGGGUACGUUUCUGCCGCUUAUGGCGUUCUUGGAGGAGACGUCCCGCAGCCUGACGAUCAGCAUCUUCUACGUCGGGCAGGUGAGCUUUGUCUUUGGAUUCGUGCCCCCUGUGGCCUUUGGACUCCUCGCGAGGAGUUUGCAGAAGCUUUGGGCCGAGUUGCCACCGGAUCUUCCAAGAAGACUUGCCCACCGCCUGCGUUAUGCCCAGUGGGGCCUCUACCUGCUCUUGAUCGUAUGCCUUGUCUACGCACCCUGCGGGCUCUUUCCGGCCUUUGUACCCCAGCUGAACGAUUUGGGUGGCUUCAUCUAUACAUAUAUCAUCAUGCUGGCCGCCGGCGGCGUCGUGGUACUUUUGCUGGUUGGGGAAUUGGCAUUGACACUAAAGCAGUUGCGAAGCAAAGCUCGCCAAACACAGCCUCUUGCUGCAGAGCAGAUGGUCAAGGUAGCACGGGCUGGUGUGGAGAGUCUUCGAUGCCGGGAGGAUCGCCCACAUGGCGUAUACACUCCUGUCUGGCAGCGAGGGCUUGAGCACUCGAUCAUUCAAGGCUUCCUGGAACUGGCUGCGGAGGGGCUCUCAGAAUCCGCGAUUAAGACAAAUGAGGUCUGCCAGCGACAUGUCAAGCCACUGACAGCUGCUGCACGCUGCUCCGCCUGGGAGGCGCUGGGUGCAGGAUGGGAUUCCCUGACGGUGGACGCUCAUCGACACCAUCUGUCUCAGCACCUGAACACACCGACAGUCAUGGUAAGCCACUGUUGGGCGAGCCCUUUUCAGGAUGUCGUGCAAAUCAUGGGGCGCUACGACGAAAACACGAACAAGAGUAAUUUCUUUUUCUUCGAUGUCUUCAGUAUGAACCAGCACGACCUGUCCGAUCUUUCGGGACCUGAUCGCAAGGACCAGCCUGGACAAGAUAUGUAUGACGUGAUGCUAGAGGCUUUAACGAACUCGAUUCGCACGCCUCGUCGCGUGUUGCUGGCCCUGACACCUCACCACGAACCGCAGCUGCUUUCCAGAUCUUGGUGCCUCUACGAAAUAUAUAUGGCCUGGCAGCUGAAGGCGGAGGUCUCUUGUGGCUUUGUGCCAGCCGGAGAGCAGAUGGUCAUCCAAAGCUUGCAGGAGGGUGAUGUUUUGAUCGAACACAUGUUAUCCAGAGUGGAUGCCGAGAGAUCGCAGGCCACUGUGGAAUCCGAUCGUCUCAUGAUCCUGGAGCUUAUCAAGAAGGAUGGUGUGAGCAAGUUCAACCAGUUUGUGAGGGAAAAGUUUGCGGCCUCACUUCGGGUGGUGGCGUUGACAACGAUGCCAAGUACCGCUUCAGCAGACCUGUUGGACUGGGCGCCGGACUUGCCAGAAAGGAACCUUUCUUGCGACACAAGAAGUCACUUCGCUCGGCAGAUUUCCUUGGAGUCGACGGUCGAUGAGAACGCAUCUGCAUCUGCAGCCGAAGGCCAUGGCCUAUGGACGCAGAUGAGCCUCACGCCUAAAGUCAUGCAGGGGAGCAUCAGAUCUCCGCCGCCGGAAGAUCGAGAAGCGCCUCGCCCGGAUUGGCCAAGCUGUGA